UGUGUCGAAAGUCUUAACGUUCGUUUUUAUGAGAGAAAAAAUUACCCAAUUACUCAGUAUAUUGAAAAGUGACUUAUUUCAACCAGAGAACGAGAAAGAACGCCACAUUUUAUAUAAAGCGAAUAAAUUUAUUAUCACCUAUUGGAGAAUAGUUGCUGUGGUAUCCUUUACAUCGAAUAUAACUCAUGUAACAUCCCCGUUGUUAUUACAUUUGAUUUUUGGCGCUCCACUCUCACCCCCUGUAUGUAGCUACUCAUUUUUACCAGAGAAUACCACCCAUACAUUUAUUUAUCCCAUAUAUUUCUACCAGACCAUCGGUAUACAUUUUCAUAUGUUGAACAAUGUAAAUGUCGAUACAUUUAUUCUCGGUCUUAUGAUUCUCGUGAUGGCCCAAUUGGAUAUUCUAGCUGUGAAGUUGGAAAAUGUUACGAAUAUGCCAUCUGCGAUCAACCAUGAUCGAUCCCAGUGUACAGACGCUGAGAGAAAUUUAAUCCUGAAAUUGAAUAGUUCUUUAGAACGGUACAACGAAGUUACAAAGUUUUGUGAACUGAUAGAAGAAGUAUUUAGUGUAUCUUUAUUCGUCCAAUUCAGCAUUGCAUCUGCUGUUAUUUGUGUAUGCUUAUUUCGAUUUACGUUGAGUUAUUAUCUUUCCUUUGCCAUAUACAGCUCUGAUUGGACACCUCAACCUCGUGACUUUAAAAGAAACAUGAGAAUUUUUGUGGAGAGGGCGAGUAGGCCACUUUCCAUAACUGGUUUGAAGAUGUUUCCGAUGUCGCUUAGUACAUUUACAUCAAUAAUGAAUUCCGCUUACUCCUUCUUUACAUUGCUACGAAAUAUGGAGUAGUUGCAAGAAUCACGUAAAACUCACUCAUGUACGUAGUUGCUUCACUUUGAAAUCAAAUUCCUUUAGUUUUUAUAGUUUAUGAAUAGAUGUUUAAUUAUUUUAUUCUGCGUUGGUUAGGAUUGCCUGUAAGUGCUUGUCACAUUGAAUAAUGUAUUUCAUUUUUCUUAACUACAAGAUAAACAUUUUUCUUAAAUAUUUUGGCAAGAUUUUGUACAUAAAUU